UCUAUUAGACCCUAAGCGGAGAGCUCAUCGACCCUCGCCGGAAAGACAGGCUCUCCUACAGGCAAUGCACUCUGGGCAAUGAAGUCCUCAAAGGGCGUAUCCCUUUGCGCUUGCGCAGCUGCACACGACAGCGGCCAACCUCGCAGAGGUUUGAGUGACAUUUCUCCAUCUACGAGCCUACCACCUCUGGUUGAAGGCCAGCUACGCUGCUUUCUGAAACUUACUGUCGAUAAAGUCAUAUGGAAGAUUGCAAAGCCUCCCUCUUGUGUACUUGUCCGAGUGAGAUGGUGGGGUGAAACAUCAGAUGGAACCCUCUUUUGUCCUAGGGACGCAUUGCAAACUGAACCAAAAGCUGUGAGAACCACUACACGUUAUGCUGUUCGCUGUGGUCCAAAGCAGUUUACCUCUUAUCUAACUGACAUGGCUGUGCUGGUGCUGGAAGUAAUCACCAAACUUGAUCAUCUUCCAAUUGGUAGAGUUCAGAUCAGUGGACUAGAUCAGCUUUCUCCAACUCAUCACAUCAGUGGAUUUUUUACCAUUGUUUCACCAACAUCCAAGAAACUUGGAGAACUCCAGGUCUCACUUGCCCUGGAGCCUCUGUCAGAAACUUAUAACAGCUACAAUCCUCUUCCUACCCCUGAUGUGACAGAAAAUGUACAUUUAUCUGAGCAGGAAUUCAGAGAAUAUACUGAACCCAGCAGCACCCAGUUUCUGGUUCCAUCAAGGCCUCAUAAGAUGCCUACCACCAAAAUUGAUGGAAAAGAGUUAGAAGCUAACAAUAGUAGUUCAACCACUCUAAGGGGAAAGGACCACUUGUACUUUGCAGAGAACUCUGAUACAAUAAAGGACUCUUUCUUUGGAUUACAACACCAUCCUAAUUCAGGACAGAGUUUAGAGUCUAUGACUCUGAAAGGCAAGGCCCCACGGAAGCAGAUGUCCCUUCUUAACAGUUCUGAAUUCCAGCCUCAAAUUAGAACAGUGGCCAAGAGUCACAGUGACUCAUGCAUUCUUUCUUCAAACAACCCCCCUACCAAGGACCUUCUUUCAGCUCUGUUAGAACAAGGCAAUAAACUACGUAAUGCCAUGGUGAUUUCUGCAAUGAAAUCAAGCCCAGAUACUAGCAUGUUGUUGGAUGAAGUUCAUCCUCCCAUGAAGGAAGAUUUUCUUAGAGCCUCAACACACCGCUCAGAAAGUACUUUUCCACACCACAGAAUCAAAACCUUAUCUAGGAAUCCGUUUAAAGACCAAAUAGAAGAUCACCUCCUCCCUCCGACUGAGAAUACAUUUUGGAAACGUGACACAAAAGAUGAUGCCAGAGCCAUUCAGCUGCUAUUAGGCAGUGCUGAAUUAUCCCAAGAUCGUUACUGGAAUGGGCUAGGUUCUCCUCCAGAUUCCCCAUCUCCUGGGAGUGAUGUGUAUUAUAGCAGUGACUUUAAUGAUCCUCAGUAUGACCAGAGUCUCCUGGAGAGCUUAUUUUACACAGCACCUAAAUCUGAUAUCAGCAUCAGUGAUUUCUUCAGUGAAGAUGAUACUGUCCCUUCUAACAAAAUGAACCAGUCAAAAGUUCUUGCUAAAUCUCCUAAGGUUCUAGAGUCAGAUGAUCUUAAGUUGAAGAAAAGGGCAGCGGGCAAGAAAAAUAGAAAUUUGGUUGAACAACAGAUGAUAUCAGAAACUCCAGAAGAUGCCCAAGUGAUGACACUAAGUGUGGAUAGGUUGGCCCUUUUGGGUAGAACACAUUCAGUCAGAAUCAUCAUUGAAACAAUGGGAGUUCCUCCAGAUAGUCCUCAGAUGACCUCUGACAAAAAAAGCUUUUCUGGGAGACCACCUAAGCUGACAGCAACAAAAAGGCGCACCUUCUUUGUGGAAUAUCACUUUCCUGUGGGCUUUUCUAAAGGUGGAUUGGGAAAGACAACUUUGAUCACCGAGGUCAUUCGACUUGCCUCCAGUAAAAUUACAGAUGGAAUGGUGAAAUUCCAACAGCGAUUUGUGUUUCCAGUACAAUUUGGUGGCCCAAUGAUAGAACACUGGUGGAAUUCCAAUCUCACUUUCCAAAUUUAUGCAAAGAAAACCCCACAGAAAAAGCCAGAAGCUGUUGGAUCUGCAUCACUGUCUUUACGAACUGUCAUUCAGUCUGAGUUGCUUUCUUUCAGUGACCAGCUUCCAGUGCAACAAGAGCAUGGUCAGACUCCCCUGGGCCCCCUUAAGGUAACCAUAGAGCUUGUUAUAGAUAACAAGGAUUUCACUGGUGUGAAUACUAAAUUAAAUAGCAGUACCCAACAUAGCCAACUUUGUGCUCUUACAAGUCUAGAUAAGACACUGUCAGAACCUGGUCAAUAUGUUACCUGUACCAAAAAUCCAGAGAACAUAGAUCAAAUUCAUGAAGAAGCUGCAAAGAAAGUGCAGAAUUUGGUGCUCCCCAACCCAAAGUCACCAAACCCUGUUGCACCAAAUCCUUCAAUGACCUUCGUGGCUGUGCCAGCCUCUCAAAAUUCAGCAAAUCAGACAAAUGAGUCAACCAAGGAGAGUGCUUUGCUGUUGCAUGUGCUAUUGAUGGUGCCAGAUGGGAAAGAUUUCAUUACUGGAGAAUCUGACAAACAACCACCGUGCAACAUUUAUUUAAAUUGCAAGCUUUUCAGCACAGAGGAAGUCACCAGAUCUGUCAUCGCAUGGGGCACAACACAACCAGUCUUUAACUUUUUUCAGGUGAUUCCUGUCUCUCUGUCUUCCAAAUACCUGGAAAGGCUGAAGAAUAAUGUGAUGGUAAUUGAAACUUGGAACAAGGUGCGGAGCCCAGGACAGGACAAGUUGCUCGGGCUGGUGAAACUCCCUCUCCAUCAGUUUUACAUGUCAUUCAAAGAUCCCAAAAUUUCUCGCCUGCUGCUUGAUGCUCAGUACCCAGUUGUUGCUGUUGACAGCUACAUGCCUGUGGUUGAUGUGUUCUCAGGCCACCAAAAUGGAAGUCUUCGUGUCUUUUUAGCCAUGGGUUCUUCAGAUCAGAUAAUGGCACUACAAAGAUUAAAAAAUGAAGAAGGAAAACUUCCUCCCUUCAGCCCUAGGCCAGCACAUUUUCUGGACCAUCCAUCUGUAGCAUCUGUUACUAUGGCUGAAGACCAAAGAAAUGGAUUGAUGGAACAUCACUUUGAGCUCCGCGUAGAGAAAAUUAAAGGGCUAGCCCCUCUUCAGGCAACAGUCUGGGGAGAAGCAGAUUGUUAUGUCCAGUACUACUUUCCAGUUCAAGACUCCCAAUCCAGUGUGCUAAAAGGACCUGAGUUCCCUGAAAACGGAGUCUCUCUGAAGCCUUUCAGAUCUGCAACCACACUCUGUGUUCCAGAUCCCAUCUUUAAUAGUGAACACCAUCACUCUCUUCUGUUGCCAGCUGAAGUUCCAGUGCAAAGGCUUCUACUGAGUGCCUUCUCUGCACAGGGGCUUGUGCCUGGAGGUGGAGUCCAGUUUGAAAUCUGGUGCAGAUACUAUUAUCCCAACGUGAGAGACCAGAUGGUUGCCAGAGGAACCUUGCCAUUAUCAAGGAUCUGUGCCAUGGUAACCAUGCAGCACCGUGAGGAUGUGGGAAUACAGACCUUUAAUCUCCCUUUAACCCCCAGGCUUGAAAAUAGGAAAGAACUGAGAAACCAGUCAUCAGGUUUACUGGAUGUGGGCCUAAGGUACAGGCGUACUCCCAGGACAGCAGAGGGAGUUCUUGCUGCCCGAGCUGUCUCUAUCUCAGUCCAGAUUAUCAGAGCCUGUGGUCUGCAAGCAGCAGCCAAGGCUUUGGCUGAGCAGGAACCCGCUCUACAGUUCAGUGCCACAGUUGGGGUCAAUUCCUUUGUCACCACUCAUCUCUCCUUCCUGCCCAAAGGAGAGCAGCGCCGAACCCGCCCUGUAGCCUGUUCCUUCUGCCCUGAGUUCUCCCAUCACGUUGAGUUUCCAUGUAACUUGGUGACUCAGCAUUGCAGUGGAGAGGCGUGUUUCCUGGCAGAACUGUUGGAAUUUGCAGAGGUCACUUUUGCUAUUUAUCAUGAAGAUACCAAGUCAGCCAGUGAUAUAACGAGUAUUCGGUCAUUCAGAGAUUAUCUGCUUGGAGUAGUAAAGGUUCCAACAAAAGAGCUGCUGGUCAAGAGAUCUGGGAUCACAGGAUGGUAUCCCAUCAUUUUGCCAGAAGAUGGGGCCCUGCCACACGGUUUGGAGCUCAUGCAGAAAAUUGUGGGUGGCCUAGAGCUUUCAGUUACCUUCACACAUCCUGGAGAUAGAGAGCGGGUAUUAGAAGCUGCUGAGCUAUUGGGCUGGAACUUUGAGAAUAACCUAAAGAAUCUUGUCACGAUGAAUGAAGAGGAGCCAGCCACUGUCACCAUAUCCACCCCAAGGCUCUGGCUGCCCAUCCAUUGUGUGCUUCUUGCUGGCCAGAACCACAUUCAUAAGAACACAUAUUGCUACCUCCGCUACAAGCUCUAUGAUCAGGAAGCCUUCUGGACCCCUCUCAAGAAGCCUAAGGAAUCUACAAACAAAAAACAGGUCAUGGUUACUUUCAAGGCAUCCAAAAGAGCUGAAGUCAUUAGGGGCCCAUCACUGCUUUGGUAUUUCAGGGAAGAGAGAUUAGAGAUCCAAGUGUGGCGGGCUUAUGGCAAUGACAGUGUGGAAAGGCCCCACCAGACGGACAGUUGGAUUGGCUCAGCCUAUGUGGACCUGGCCAGACUUGGGGAGACAUCUGCAAGGACAUUAACUGUCAGUGGUGUGUAUCCUCUAUUCGGACGAAAUGCUUCCAACCUCUCGGGAGCUGCCUUGCGAGUUCAUGUGAUUCUUUCUUCUCCUUCCCCACACCCUGGGCCUGCUCCUGAGCUGGAUUCUGUGGACUGCAGCAGCCACAGUGAGUCUGAACAGUUUCCCAGAAGGACUAAUGAGACCCAGCUCUCUCCAUCACCUAGCCACCAGAAAUCUCCUGCCUCCAUCCAGCUCCCCUGCAACACCACCACAAGGGAAGUCUGCCCAGACCAGGAGGGCCCUGCUGAGUUGGAUGGAACUUUUGCAGUCAGUAUCCUGGUGGAAAGAGCAAUGCAUUUGAGCUUAAAAGGGAGUCCCUUGACAGAGCGAAAAGUAUUGAUACCCAGUUGUUGUGUAUCCUUUGCAACGGCUGAUGAGCCAUCUCCUGUCUACACCCAAGUGGUUGAAAACACAGAUUCCCCCAUCUGGAAUUUUCAACAGCAAUCAAGGCUAUCAAAAGAGCUUCUUUUGGACCCUCAACAAACUCUGGUGUUCAAAGUUUGGCAUAAAGGAGAUGAGGAGAGGGUGAUUGGCUUUGCCUCAGUGGACCUCUCCCCACUUCUUUCUGGCUUCCAGUUUGUCUGUGGCUGGUACAACAUCACAGACUUCAGUGGAGAGUGCCAGGGGCAGAUAAAAGUUGCUGUCUCCCCUCUAGAGAGUUUGAUGCACUUCAAAGAAGAAAGACAAUCAAGACGUGGGAUGGAGACCCCAGGAUCACUGAUCCCAAUAUAUAGCUCCUUUUCCUUCCCUGCCUCUGAUAUAUAUGCUGCAUUCCCCAGCUGCAUUGCAAAAUGGACCCCAGAACAACUUAUUCACACCUCAUCAAAGGAACUUGAUUUCUCCUCUCCUGAGAGAAAUAGUGCCACAAGAAGUCAGGCAUUACGUCAUGAAGAGCAUGUGCAGAAUAUCCGCCGAUUUCAUGAAUCCCUGCAGCAGGGAGAGGCAGUUUUGCCACGUGAUGACAAACUGACCACACUGCCUUUGUCCUCCCGUACUUCCAUUCUGACUUCUCUCAGGAAGAAUCUGAAUGAGUUAGAUCAGAUCCAGCAGUACUUCAGUCAGAAGCUCAGCAAGCCUUUACUUCCCCUCAGUCCUCAGACUCAUACCAUUUCACAGUAUCAGGAGAGCCAGAAGGACCAUCUUGGACCCAAAGACAGCAGCCUAGACCCUGAGAGCCAGUGCAUCCUGGAGAAAUCCAAUAACCUGGUGUUGCAAGUCAGCUCCUUAAUCACGGAUCUGCAGACUAUCACCAGGAAUUCUCAAGCAUCUUUGAGUUCUCAUCGAGCCAGGAGUAGAAGUGAAGAGGUUCACACCCUACCAGAUGCUCAGGAUACUGUGGCCAUGCAGGAACGAAGCACAACUCCAGACCUGCCAUUGGCAAGACCUCCGGAUGAGGGCAGAAACUCCCCAACUCCCCUUACUCUUGAGGAGACUUCAGGCAGAAGAGGAGUGCUCCAUGAAUCCCUGGGGUACACAGUACCCAUUACAAGGAUGCAGAGCAGUGAGGAAACUGAGGCAGGCCCAGCCUACAGUGAUGAGGACUAUGAAGAAGACAUCAUUGAGCCCAGGACCCUCAAUGACAUCACCACUGUGACAGACAAAACUAGCCCUUGGUCCAGUUUCAUGUCAGACACAAAUGAGAUCAGCCUUCAGCCUGAUAAGGUAUAUAGGGAAGACCCCUCUAGUCCUUCAAAGCCUUUCCCCAGAGAGGAGCUAAAGGGCAAGAGUAGCCCUCUCUCCAGCGCAGGAAGAGGGGUCAACCCCCACCUGCUUAGGCAGGAUUCUCCUAGCCAAAGUCUUAUUGCUUAUGAGGUCAAAGCCUCUCAUGCCAGGGAUGGAGAGCCUGCUUCAGCGAACCCUCAGGUCAUCACACCAGUGACGCCCUCAGGAGCCCAAGAGAGCAACGCCUCUGUUGGAUUGAGCUCACCAAGAGCAGAUCAGGACCAGGAGCCCAAGCCAGAGGCCCAAACUGAGAAUGAAGCUGCCUCCAGUGAACUAAGUGACUCUGCUGAUAGCUUCGAGAAAUUCCCUCUCCACUUACCCUCCCAGAGCAGAAAGGAAAGUCAUCGGGAGCUACUCAUCAACUGCCCUGACAUCAGGCAGAAGCAGGCAACAUCUGGAUCAGAAGUGUCCACAAGGCAGAGCCUCCUGCCGGAGUCCAUUGUGGUGCCCAACUUCUUUUUGCCUCCCCAGCAAUUGGAGGCCUCCUUGCGGAUGCUCUCACUCUCUACAACUUUGCCACCACGAGCCACAACAGAUGAGGAACUGACGUUCUUGGCCCUUCCAAUGAUGGAGAACAAGACUCAUCAGAGCCUCCUAAACAAUGCUUCUCUUCUGGCAGAUGAAGACACAGAAGCCUGGUUUAGGAUUUGAGAUAGGAGACUGCUCUUAGGCCUGUUUUCCCAUCUAGCUUAUAGAACAAGCAUCUCUCUAGUCCUCCUUAACUGUAGCAGAGAAAGAAAUGGAAAAGCAAGGUACAUCUGGUGACCCAGAAGAUCUGUCUGCAAAGUAGCCAGGGUACUGGAAGGGGAUUUGGUGUUACCUCUAAAUCCCAAAUAGCUCACAAAACAAGUCUUGGAUCUUGGGAGUAGAGAGGGGUAUAUGGAGACUCAAUGUGCUGCCAAGCCCCUGAGGAUUUGACUUAACCAAAGGCCUGACAUAUGGUAGGCCAAUGACCAGUGGUUCUAGAAUGAAUAAGAUGUUUUCUGUAAGAGGCAGUCUCCUCCCCACCCAAUUUCAGCCUCUGGUCACCAUGGCUUGGUCCCACCCAUUCACUGAUCUAGCAGCUACCAAGCUCCCAUCUUGGAUCUGGCCCAAUUGGAGUCACAAACAUCAGACUCAGUCUGUGUCUUCCAGGAGCACCCAUCCAGUCUAGAUGGGGAGGCCAACAGGCAGUGACUGGGCAACUGGCCUACCCUGUCCUGAAGCCUUAUAGGGUACAGGUGCCUAUCAUAUCCUGGAAGGAAGAACUCCAAAUGGGAGCAAAGGGUGGGCUUCCUUUUUCUCCUUUUAGCCUAAGCCUGCCUAGAAGAUACAGAGCUGUUAUCUUCUCAUCUCUACUAGCACCGUUUUGCUCUUACUUCUCAGGCAAACCUAACUGUGGGCUAUCAGUGCUGACAGUUUGCUCAGGUUGUAUGCACUCCUUUAGCAUUUAGAAUUCCAGACUGGCAAGGAUCCUCAAGUUUGCCUGGUUUCCACUCCCCUUAUCACAAUCUGGCUGCUAUUCUAUUUUUUUUUUUUUUAGUAGAUCACUGUCCUCUCUGAGCUAUGGAAGUCAGAACUGGGUUCUGUACAUUUCUGUCUCCUCACAGGCAUUUAAAAUUUUUGGGUUUUUUUUAAGAUUUAUUUAUUCAUGAGCAACACAGAAAGAGGCAGAGACAUAGAUAGAGGGAGAAAUAGGCUCAUCGCAGGGAGCCCAAUGCGGGACUCGAUCCUGGAUCCCAGGAUCAUGCCCUGAGCCGAAGGCAGACACUAGACGCUCAACCACUGAGCCAUUCAGGCAUCCUGGCAUUUGAAAGGUUAAAGAAAUGGAGGAAAGAAGGGAUUACUAAAUGUUACUGACUCCAGAAAAUCUCUAGGGAAAAUCUAGAAAAAUCAGAAAAUCUCCACCAAGCUGAUUCUGGUCAUUCUGGCCUGGGCACUGGUACUGUGUGCUGUCUGUGUCUCCAUCACCUUAUGAAGAUCUCAGCUGUUGGAUUUGGGGACAGAGAAGAGAUACCCAUCCAUAGUGCAGGCUACAUGCCGUGAGGUCAGCCAAGUUCACCUGUUAUGGCGACUCCCAUCUCCUUUUAGCACUGCCUCUUCCCCUGCCAUACCUCCACCUCUUCCCCUGGGCCUUACUGUCAGCCAGCCGUCUGGGGUGGCUUUUCUGUAUAGCUUUGAGCUCCUUGGGGGCAAGAAUGUGGUACAAAAAAAAUUAAGUGGGGGUGGGGGUUGAAUGAAUAAAAGAGUGAGCCAUAGAGGAGUCCAGAAGACCACAAUCUCAUAACCCAAAUGUAUACGAGGACCUGAAAGGGGAAUUAGUGAUACCCUGUCAGCCUGAGGCAGGGAAGAUUUGGUAGCGGGGUUGUGGGGACAUGGUUCAUGUUACCUGGCAGCUCUCAGAACAUAUGGAGAGUGUAUUAUUCACCAACAUCUUCUCCCUGGCAGUUGGAUAUAUUCCCCGGGUGACAUAUGGAACAGUUACAACUGAGAGGACAAAUGACUUAUCUAUACCCAUGCAGCAAGAGAAGGGAUGAGGCUUUCAGCGUGUACUGGAGGAGAUUCCUCCUCUUGAGGCAUAGAAAGAUUCUAAGCCAGGGUUCACAUCAUGGCUCUGCCACUCCAAACUUUGGGACCUUGAGCUCAUUU